AUGGUCGGUGGAUUCACGGGUCAAACAAAAGAUCGUCCCAGCGACAACGGACGACCGUCCUUUUACAGACGGCGAUCUUCCAGUCGUUCCCACCAUCAGAGUAGCUCUGACAUGGAUACUUCUGAAGCGAAAAGACGCCAUCGAUAUACAUCCAAAAUAGACGCCAACGCAGUACACCGACGUCCACCAUAUCAUACGCGGAAUUCCACAGACAGCUACCAUGACGAACCGCAAGAAAGUGAGCCAACAUCAACACAGCCUUCCAUGACUCAGCGUGCAAGUCCGAGUUCAAGCGAAGCCAAUACCUUUUCGUGGCAAUACCUCUCUAUGAAACAAAAUCCUAAAAUCAAGCGCAAUGCAAUGCAUGCGUACAUCACCUACAUGAUUUAUACAGAUAUGGCCCAGGAACGCUCACGAGUUGAAGCGGCGAUAGCAACUAAUGGAACAACGAUGCACGACUAUCGUGCAGAACCCGCCACUAUCAUGGGCUAUGCAUCCGAAACAAAAGAGAACGAUCCACCUCCUUAUGGCGUGCGUCGAUCAUUCGAAGAUGAAACACGAAAGGCAUAUGCAUCCAUGGAUCAGUCUCCAUCGGUGGCAGCGGCGGCGAUACGAACAGAGCCGAACCAUUCAAUGAUCGAAACCACACCCUACAGCAAUCAUCACGGAGGUUUGGCAAUGGCGCAUCCAGGAGAUGGUCUUCAUCAUCGCCCUGGUGUUACUGAAACCUCGUGGUACGCUAAUACAAUGUCUGCAGCUUCGUACCGGUUGCCACCGUCUCCAAAUCAACGUUACGAUGGUAUCCCACCCACGGUUGGCUAUCCAACCAGUGCUCCGUCGUCGAGUUCGAUCAUGGGACGACCAUUAACAGCGUUUCUCUGGGAUGAACCGGGUUCAGCCCCAUCUGCAGCCCAUCCGGAAAGAAGGCAUGAAAGUGUAACUUUACCGCCUUUAACUCGUCCGUUUUCUUCCAUGCCUGUCAAUGCUGACUUUGAUCGAUCUCACAUGCUUUAG